UAGUUCCGAGCCUGAAGGGUUGUGUUACAUAGAGACGAGUAAUUUGGACGGUGAAACGAAUCUAAAGAUCAAACAAGCUUCAUCCGAAACAUCCCAUUUGACAUCACCUUCCGAAAUUGCAAAAUUAAGAGGUCAGAUACAUUCGGAAAGUCCAAACAACAGUUUAUACACUUUUGAUGGUGUACUUAUAAUGGACACACCUAAUGGCGCCAAGAAAGUUCGAUUAGACCCCACACAAGUAUUACUUAGGGGUGCGCAACUGAGGAACACUCAAUGGAUCUAUGGUAUCGCUGUAUUUACUGGCCAUGAAACAAAACUAAUGAGGAAUGCCAGCGCGACCCCUAUUAAAAGAACCAGCGUAGAAAAGAUGGUCAAUGUGCAAAUUAUUUUCUUGUUUGGUAUUCUGUUGACGAUGAGUGUCGCAUGUUCGCUCGGUAGCGCUAUUACGACGUUGAAAGAUGGAGACAAAUUGUCGUAUCUGGAACUCCUCUCUUCGAAUAGUAUCCUUGGGCAAUUUGGAUUCAACAUUUUGACAUUCUUGAUUCUGUUCAAUAAUUUGAUUCCCAUCAG